CAUAGGAAAAGCCAACUCAUCAUGAUAUUUCCACUCCAUUUUCAUUACGAAGAUGUCUCACGUCAGGAUCCGUUGCUCAAACCGAAUCACGCCAACGUUAUGGAAGUUCCUGGAUCGUUUGAAAUCAGAUUAGUACCAUCAGCUGCCUUCAUUAUUCCAUUUUCUAAGUUCGCUAUGGAGAUGGAGUGCGGUCAGAGAUUCAUACAGAAACAAAGGAGCCCUUAUUUCCAAGCUGGAAAGGUCAAGUCGUUUCGAUCCAAUACUUUCUUGGGAUCUGAAAAAGACACUGCAUAUGUCAGUGACUUUGAACGACAAAGCGCUCUCCGAGGGCUUGGAAUGUCACAUUUGAUGGUCAGAAUCUCGAUGGUAAUGUCUAUAUUAGAUUCUAAGGUCGAAAUACGGGAAAACCCCAUCCAAUUCUCGAUGGAAACAGAGUUUUUCGAAUUCUCCCCGGAACUAGAAGAGCAUUUCGAGAUCUUCGAGCAUAUUAAAGGGUUCAAUGUGACUAUUGUGACUUCGGCCAACACAAAAGAUGAGACUUUACCAUUGUGGAGCGGCUUUUUGCUAAAAGAUUAAGGGGAGACUAAGUCAGAUGUCGGAGAAGCGAAAUAUACUUGA